UUUAACUAUUAUCAAAAUACAAUUCUGUCAAAAUAAGAUUUGAUCUGGCAAAGCAGAAGUGCUUUUAUCCUCAAUCAAAUUUACAUUAAGCUCUUAGUUAAUAAUGUAAUUGCUUUGCCUUUUAUCUUUUAUUGAUUCCAUAUUAGUUUUUUUUUUUACUUAAACUUUUUACUUUAAAUUUGUACAAACCUAAGCUUUUUGCUCAGUGUUCAGAAAUGUAUAAAAGAAUAAUGUUUUUACGGUGAGAGGUGAACAUACACAAUGAUACAGAUUGCAGCAUGUGUAGUGAGGUAUUGCUUAACUUUGACAUACUAAGGAAGCUCGCAACACGUAACACUACUGAACAAAUAGAAAGCUGAUUCAGAUACUACUCGUGCAAAUAGGGCCAACAUCAGAAAAGGAAAAUAAGUCAAUUAUGGUUUUAUAUAAGAACAUAAGGGACAGAAUAAAGGACACUCCAAGUAUUUGUACUGUACUACACUACUGAAUGUAAUUUCAGUGUCUGCAGUUAAAGUAUCAUCAAUUUCUCAAAAUGAUACUUUUAAAUGUAUCAAGAAGAUAGAUAUAAAUACAUGCAUAUGCUGUAAAAUAUCAAAUGAAAACAUAACUGAUUGUCUAUAGCUUGUUUCCGUUGCAGAUUUGCGCAAAAUUUUGUGGAUUGACAGUGUUUCCAUGAAUCGAUGUUAUGUGACUAAAAUGCAAUUUUUUUGCUCUUGCGAUACAGAUUUGCACAAAAUUUUUUGCAAUAUUUUAUAAAUGAAACAUUAUAUAUAAAUAAUAAAAAACUUCAUAUGACAGUGUUUCCACUAACCAAUGUUAUGCGCCUAAACUUUUUGCUCUUGCCAUACAGAUAUGUGCGAAACAAUCCAGAUUUGCGCACUAAAGCAUAAUUUUUUGCUUUGUGUUUCAAUUAGGCGUAUUUUUACGAUGGGUAAUGGAAACACAGCUAUUAACGAGUUUCCAUUAGGCAUAUUUUUCAUUCACAAUUCAAUUUUGCGCAAUUUGAAGGUUAAUAGGAACGGAACUAUUGACGAGUUUCCAUUAGGCGUAUUUUUAAUUCACAAUUUCAAUUUUUUGCAAUUUGAAGGGCAAUGGAAUCGCAGCUACUGACGCGUUUCCAUUAGGCGUAUUUUUAAUUCGCAAUUUCAAUUUUGCGCAGUUUGAAGGUUAAUAGGAAUGCAACUAUUGACGAGUUUCCAUUAGGCGUAUUUUUAAUUCGCAAUUUCAAUUUUGCGCAAUUUGAAGGGCAAUGGAAACGCAGCUAUUGAUGCAUUUCCAUUAGGCGUAUUUUUAAUUCACAAUUUCAAUUUGCACAAUUUGAAGGGUAAUGGGAACGCAACUAUUGACGCAUUUUGAUUAGGCGUAUUUUUAAUUCGCAAUUUCAAAUUUUCGUGCAGUUUGAAGGUUAAUAGGAACGCAACUAUUGACGAGUUUCCAUUAGGCGUAUUUUUAAUUCGCAAUUUCAAUUUUGCGCAAUUUGAAGGGCAAUGGAAACGCAGCUAUUGAUGCGCUUUGCUUAGGCAUAUUUUUAAUUCGCAAUUUAAAUUUUGCGCAAUUUGAAGGGUAAUAGGAACCAACUAUUGACAAGUUUCCAUUAGGCGUAUUUAUAAUUCGCAAUUUCAAUUUUCUGUAAUUUGAAGUGUAAAGGGAAUGGAGCUUUUGACGCGUUUCCAUUAGGCGUAUUUUUAAUUCACGAUUUAAAUUUUUUGCGCAGUUUGAAGGGCAAUGGAAACACAGCUAUUGACGAGUUUCCAUUAGGUGUAUUUUUAAUUCGUGAUUUCAAUUUUGAGCAAUUUGAAGGGCAAUGGAAACACAGCUAUUGACGCGUUUCCAUUAGGCGUAUUUUUAAUUCAAAAUUUCAAUUUUGCGAAAUUUGAAGGCCAGUGGAAACGCAGCUAUUGACGUGCAUUUUCAAUUCUCAAUUUCAAUUUGCUUAAUUUGAAGGGUAAUGGAAACACAGAAAUCAAUAUAGUGUCAGUCAAUACAGCAUUUUUUUUUUUUACAAUAAAGCAUUCAAUUGCAACAGUGUACAAUGUGAAUAAAUGAAAGCGCAUGUUUUUCAGAGAACUUAGAGAAUUAGUAUUGGCUGCUUUUGAGACUUUAUUGGUCAUUUUGUGUUUUUAUAACGAGGUCCAAAGUUAAAAACACGCUAGAUGUUAUUUAAAUGUAAUGUUUUUCUCUAUUUAACAGCAUUAACUAAAGACAACUUGCCUUUUUGAUCGUGACUUCCCUCGGGGAGAUUGCAUCUUUUCUUGCGUUGGCUGGGUGUUGGACUCAUGAAAACUAUUUGCUUUGUUGGCAUUAGCCCAAACUGAAAACAAAUUUACCACUGGCAGAGAAUUCUGCUUGGUCUUAAAGUCUUCCCCUGACUGGGUAUGUUCGCAAAUCAAAUGAUUUGUGAAAAAGUAUGAUUAAUUAUCAUUUGAGGAUGUGUUAUUCAUAUGGUAGGUGGUCAUACAGUGUAUGCCUGCAAAUAUGGGACAUACCACGUUUUGUAUGGCUUUCAUACAGAACGCUUCUUUGAUGCCUUAAAUACGGGACAGUACCGUAGUAUAUGGAACAGUAGGCAACCCUAUAUGCAAGGUUGUGUACGAAGAUGCACCUUUCGGCAACUCUCGGUUUGUUGUCGCUUUUAUGCGCAUUAUCUGGAACAGAUGGCGGUAAAGUUCUGGUGUUUCCACUAGAUGGAAGUCACUGGGUCAACAUGAAGGUCCUGAUUGAGGAACUGCAUCGCAAGGGUCACAACGUGACGGUGGUUAGAGCCUCCAACAGUUGGUAUAUCAAGGAAGAGUCUCCCUUGUACAAUUCCAUCACCAUCCCAAACGUAGGAGGAUUUGAUGAGAAGUUUUUUAGCUUAUUGAUUGGCCGUCUCUUGAAGAUAAGAAGAGAUGGGUCUUCCAUUUGGAACCGCCUUCAGCUAGAGUACGAAAUCAUCAUGCAGUUUAAAGGCAUGCAUGAAGAUAUGUUGCAGAUGUUGGAGGGAAUGACAGAGGACAAAGAAAUUAUGAAAUCCAUCCAAGAUGCUAAGUAUGAUGUGGUGCUAGCAGACCCAGCUUCUGGAGGUGGUGCAAUUUUUGCUCACAUGUUUAAUAUUCCUUUGGUUUUCAAUGUUCGAUGGACGAUUCACGGAGAGGGACAUUUCGCCAUUGCUCCUUCCCCUCUGUCUUAUAUUCCUGUCCCAGGAGGAGAGUUAACAGACAAGAUGUCAUUUUUCCAACGUGUCAGAAAUGUUUUGACUUACUUAUUCACCCGGUUUCAGGUUGCAGUUGUCGCUGACCCCAUCUAUACUCCUUUCUGUCUCAAACUUUUUGGCCCCGGUGUUAAUUACUUCUCCCUUUUCCAGAAUGCAGACAUCUGGCUCAUGAGAAAUGACUUUACCUUUGAGUUUCCACGACCCACAAUGCCCAAUAUCGUCUAUAUGGGCGGCUUCCAGUGUAAACCCGCCAAGCCGCUUCCAGCUGAUCUUGAGGACUUUGUGCAAAGCUCAGGAGAGCAUGGGGUCAUCGUUAUGUCUUUAGGCACCCUUAUUUCCCAGCUUCCACAAGAUGUCACAGAUGACAUAGCAGGAGCUUUUGCUCAGCUUCCUCAAAAAGUGAUUUGGAGAUAUACAGGAUCUCGACCUGCGACUCUUGGUAACAACACCUUACUUGUAGACUGGCUCCCCCAGAAUGACCUGCUUGGACAUCCACAGACUAAAGUGUUUGUAGCACAUGGAGGAACCAAUGGAGUUCAGGAAGCCAUCUACCAUGGGGUUCCCAUUUUAGGUCUACCUUUAGUAUUUGAUCAGCCUGACAAUCUUUUCCGAAUGGAAGCAAAGGGAACAGCAAAGAUUGUAGAUAUUGCAACUUUGGACAGGACUGUGUUUCUUGAGGCAUUAAAGGAGGUUUUGCAUAACCCAUCUUACAGGGAGAACAUGCAAAGACUGUCCAGGCUGCACCACGAUCAGCCAAUGAAACCUCUUGAUCAAGCUAUCUUCUGGAUUGAGUAUGUCAUGAGAAAUAGAGGAGCUCCUCAUUUGCGAACAGAGUCUUUUAGAAUGUCUUGGAUUCAGUACUACUCUAUAGAUGUUAUUUUGACUUUAAUGGCGACACUUUUCAUAUUUGCAUUUUUGUUUGUAUAUGCCAUUCGAUAUCUUUUUAGAGUUUUAUUCAAAAAGAAAGUAAAACGUGCAUGAUAGAAACAACUAUUGUAGAACUUCAUUAUCAAAAAAUGUUCUUGCUGGAUUUGUAAAACAACUUUGAAAUUAAAAUUAUAAUUCACAGCAAAUUCGUUCUCAGGAAUUUACUGAAUUUUGACUGUUUUUAACUGCAUUUAUGAUUGGUAGCCUCAGUAAAGGUAAAUAUUUAUAUCUAAAAGUGAAGAAAGUUUUCCUUGCUUGAUGAACUUCACUACCGCCUUCAUGAUCAAGUCACUAAAUGUAUAUUUUAGCCAUGAAACUCUACUUGUGUUCUAAUUGGUUCAUUCAAAACCAUGUUCCCAGCCAAUCAGAUUCACAUACUCAUUUCGUUUACCUAUAUAACCAGGACGUAUUCAAUAAAUGGCAUGUCUUUAUCUAAGCCUACCACCUCCUCAGCUCCACCUGUGUAGAUACACUGGAUACACCUGUCUGCAUGCUACAGGGAUCUUCCUCUCUCUAGCAGCAGCAUGUUUCCUUAAAUUUAUGAUCCGAGCAUUUAGCAGAAGCAGGAGCGGUGUAGCAGAUCUAAUCCGGCAAGACCAAACCUACGCACAUUAAAAGAUUUUACAACCUAUUCUGAGGUUUGUCAUGACUGAACCAUGUUUACAUGCAAUUUAAAUGUCUGUCCAUAGUCAGACUAAGCUGACUUUUUAAAAUGUCAUUUACAUGCUUUAAACAAAUCAUACCAGUAUGAUUUUUGCGAAGCUGCAAUAACAAACCUAAAAUGUUCAAUGUAAUGUUCAAAUGGUUUCUUUCAGCAUUAAUCCUCUUACAAACAGCAUUGCUGUUGUGCACACUUGAAAGACAGAGGUGAUCCUGAAAUAUUACAGAGUGAAUGUGAUUCCAUCAUAUUUUCAGAAACUAAUUGGAGUUUCUUUUUAUCAUUGUAUUUUGUGAAAUAUAAUUCACUCUGUACAGUAUUAAUUCAGAUUA